AAAAAGAAAGAAAGGCGAUAUUGAUGCUACUUCUUUUUUGAGUUUUUUCUCUCUCUCUUCAACUACAUUAAACUUUCUCUCUCCUCUCUCUUUCUUCUCCUCUCUCAAUUCUAAUCAGAGAAUUAUCUGAUUCCCAUUAAUUCUCCUUAACCUCCUCUUUCUUGUCUUCUUAACCUUUAUUCCUUUUUUUUUGUUUCAUUUUGCAAGGAUUAUAAACAAGAUUAUUAUCAUUAUUAUUACAUAUAUUUGUAUAUCAUAAUAAUAAUAAUAAUAAUUAUAAUUAUAUUAUUAUUAUUGCGAUAUUUUUGGAAGCAUUCAACAUCAUUGUUUAGUUGCUUCUGACCUCCACACUUGUUCUUCUUCUUCCUUUCGUACAUCUUUGAGAUCCUGGAAUGGGAGGUGCGGAGUCAAGUGCAAGAGUGAGUGAUCUCUUUCACUGAUUUCCUCAAGGGUAAAAUCCUUGGCCGAGAUCACCUUGAUCUGAAUUGUGCUCACAGCUCUGCAGAUUCAUUUAAGGAGACAUUAAAGCAGACAAUGCUCAUUCAAGAGCUUGUUUUUAGGAGACAGGAUCUGGUUGUCCCCAAAAAUACAGGAAGUGUCAUCCUGUACUUUUGUGCAAAUAUGAGCAUCCAGUCAACCUGUGACUCAUUUGCCACUAUUUUGUCUUCAGGUCAAUGAACUUCAUCAACUCUACAGAGUACAAAUAAGUAUGAUGGAGGAAUUUAAACAAAAGGAUUUAGAAAAUUACAAUUUGCAUAAACGAGGCAUGAGUCCAGUCACUGUAAACCUGAACGAUGAAUUAAAAUGUUCGAUGGCUGAACUCGCGCAAUCUGAAAAUGUCUAUUUGCAUUACGAGUUACAGCAAGAGCCGCAUGUCUUUACAAAGAAGCCUCUUGAUCUCCAACUUUCAGCUGAUGAGUUCAUUAGCCAAUGCGUUGAUAAUUUCUCCGGAAAGGGGGAAGUUAUAGGUUGUUCGAAAGAAUCCAUUGUAUACAAGAAUUCUUCUCAAGAUAAAGCAAUUUUUUAUCAGAAUAAUCUGAACCUAUCUUUGAGCAUCAGAGAAGGUGUUAGCAAGAAGUAUGGAGAACAAAGCUCUUGGAAGGGAAAGAAAACAUUUUCAACCCCAUUUGGCAUCAUUGAUCUCGAAGAUGCAAAUCAAAGAUUUACAAACUAUGAAGCAAAUCUCGGGUUUAAUUAUGAUUCUGCUGCUCCUAAAUCUUGUUCGAAAGAUGAGCACAAGUUAGACCACUUCUUGAAAAGUGGCAAGCAGAAUUUAGAAAGCUUUCCUCAAAGUGGCAUCAAAGAUGGCUCUUAUGGAACUACACUGAGUAUAUCCCCUGUUGAUACCGGACCAAGCUCUCAGAGAAAAUCACUAUGUGAUUCAGGAUCAAACGCGCACCACAGAAAAUUAUUGGCUGCUAAUCUUUUGGAGAAUCAAAAACCACCUACUUGUAAAGUGUUUUUGGACCUUAAUACAGUUUUACUUGAAGACCCAUCACAUUCUUCACAUGAUCAUUCAGUUGUGGUCAAUUCAUCAAUAACUAGUUCAUCACCUGAGUUAGAAAAGGUUCAUCUCAAGUCCAAUGUAGCCUCUUCUGUCAGGCCAACUUCCUGUCGAGAAGCAAAUAUGAAUCAGGUCACAGAAAUGCAUGAUAUUCAUCGAGAAAAAGAUGUGUAUCUCAGAGGAAACCAGGGAGAAAAGAGCAGUAAGGAUGGAAAACUUAAAGGAGACGUAGCCCAUGCCAGCUUUGUAGAUCUUGAUUCUGAUACCUCCGAGGAGCUUUGCAGUAGUAGAUCUGACUCAAAAAUUUCAAGUGUGGGGUCCUCAACAAAGAUCUUAAAUGGUCUUUCAUGUGAGAUGGAUCUGGUUAAUGUGGUUAGAGCGGAAGCAAACUUAGUGAAGGGUGUAGAAUCUUUUGAACAGCCACAUUACUGCAAGUUGUCUAACUCUUCUGAAUCAGAAUGCAUGAUCUUUCACCAUUCAAGUAGCACAAAAACCAUGCAGUCUGGUGUUCAAUGUGAUGAUAUUAACUUCUCUAUAUCUCAUCCGAAAGAGCAUGACCAAAGAUCUUCUGACACUACAGAAUCGAAUAUUCAGUGCGUCACUCUAAAAGAACCAGAAGUUGAUGGAACAGUUCAAUCAGCAGCUGAACUACUUCUGCAAUUGAAGAAUUUACAGAUUGAAGAAGACAACCAGCCUCAGUGUAGUUCAGAAUCUUAUGAGGCAAUGGUACUAAAGGCAGAAGAGUGCAGCCCUGAUAAUUACUGUGUUUCCUCAAACGCAUUUCUGGUGGAUCAAUCUGACAAGAAGGAUAUCAGAUAUAAGCUGAAAAGAGGAACCCGGAUGAAAGACUUUCAGAAAGACAUACUCCCGAGCUUAUCCACCUUAUCUAGGCAUGAGAUUCAAGAAGAUAUUAACAUUCUGGAAGGUGUUAUAAGAUCACGAGAAUAUAAAAGGAUGAGGGCAAAGAUGGGCGACGGAGGAAGUGAUUGGUGUAGAUCAACAAGGAGUAAGAGGUCAAAAGUAAGAAGACAUUAUGUUUAAAGUGAGAAACUGUUUAAGUUGUCAAGGACACAGCCACACAGCCACACAGCCAUACAGCCACACAGGUUCUGAUUAUUGACAGAGCUUAUAUUUAGGCUAAGUGGAUUUGAAAAUAAUAUACCCCUUUAAGGUUUCAACUCAUAUAUAUAUAUAUAUAUAUAUACUAUAAAAGACCAUGUAUUCAAGUUUGUAGCGCGUAAUUUAGCACAUCUCUGUAGAGAAUCUAUCAAAUAGAAGUAGUAUUUAGGUGGAAUAUUGAGCAAAAUUGUCAUUAAUUUCAUAUUGAUUGCCUUGAAAGAAAUUAGUAGUUCAAUUUA